CAGUAAUGCUCAACCCCGCAGGCUAUAGAACGGGCUACCAGCUCUUGAGCACUUCCCAUACACAACUCCCUUGCGUUUAACCUUGCCAAGACCUAAAACACAUAAGCAUGCCAGAAAUACUCUCAAUUUCACUCAACGCUUGUGGAGAGCGGCAGCUUGUAACAUGCCGACCGCGCUCUUAAGCGCCCUUUCAAGCCAAAGGGAACUCAAGCGCCGAUAUAGCCUGCACAUAAGAUGCCCCACGCAGACGAGAAAGUCGCAAUCCCGCCGAGCGUCAUCGGCGAGUUCCAAGUUGAUGGCUCCAAGCCGCGAGGCGCAGGCGUCCCAUGGAACCGGCAUGCAGGUGGCAAAAUGCUGGUGGGGCUGCCGGAGGUUAGGCGGAAGGCCGUCGGCAGCGUGCACGACACGGUCACGCAGCGCAUCCUCAAAGCCAACGGAGUCACCAAGAUAACCAAAAAGGCCAAAGAGAAGAAGGCCGUGGUGAUCCCGCCCGGGCCCGGGAUGCUGGUGGCGCCCGGCGCGCCUCCCACCGCGGUGGCUGCGCCGCCGGCGCAGCCGCCGCCCACACUCGCGGGCCUUCCGGCUGGCGUCGGCCGGCAGAAGCCGCCCACGCUGGCGCCGGCGAUUGAAGUGGAGGACACACGCACGGGCGGCUGCUGCGGCCUGUUUGGGGGAAGGGCGCCGCCGCCGCGCUCGCCCGCGCUCGCCGACAUAAAGGGCGACACCGGCGGAGGCGCGGGUCCGGGCGCGGGGUCAGGAGGCAGUGCUUUGGGCUCCGGGGCCGCGGGCAGCAGCACCAGCCCGGCCGGCGCGGCGGCGCGACCCAUCACGGCCAGCAGCCGCGGUGCGCCGUCCCUGUACGACUCCACAUUCCGCCAGGCCAACCAGUCCAUCAAGCGAGGGCCGCAGUCCGCCCGCACGCGCUCCGGCGGCGCGCGCGCCCGCUCCGCCGGCAGCGAAGGCGGCGUGAGCAACUGGGGCGACGUGGAGGAGGGCGAGUUCGAGGAGCUGCAGGAGCUGGACGAGGACGACGAGGACGACCUGCUGGACGACCACGACCCGCGCGAGGACGAGGUGACGGCGCUGGGGCCGGGCAGCUCCCGGCAGACCACCGCCACGGGCGAGGGCGGAGAGGGGCUGCAGGCCACAAGCGUGGGCCCCUCCCGUGCCGGCACCGCCAAGUCACUGGCACUGUCCACCUACACCGUAGCCUCCAGCAAGGCCCCCACUAAAUCCAUCCUCAAGUCAGCUACCUCCAAGCGCGAGCAAAGCUCCAAUGGCGCCGCAGGCGCACACUCUGUCGACGGCCGUGUCAGCAAUGGCGGCGGCGCGCCUGGCGGCGCCACACCGUCGAUGCGCGUGAGCGCUGGCGGCGGCGGCGCCCACCUCCUGUACGGCGACGUUGCCAGCAGCGGCGGCGGCGGCGGAGGCGGCGGCGGUAUGGUGCCGCCGGGGUAUGCCCCGUCAGCCUCCGCCCUCCGGUCUGACUGUUUGAAUCCAGCUGUCGCCACCCGGCCGCCCAGCGAGCUGUUGUUUGGGUCCACGCCGCCCAUGGGUGCCGGGCUGAGCUUUGUGACUGGCGGCGGCGGUGGAGGCUUGUUCGGAGCCGCGUUUGGCGGCGGCGGCUCCGGCGGCGGCUAUGCGCCGCCCCCGGCGGCGCGGUUGAGUGGCGCGGGCGCGGGCGGCAGCGGCAGUCCCAUGGGCGGCGGCGCCGCCGCCGCGGCUGAUGCGGCGGCGAUGGCUCCGGGCGCAGGCGCUGCCUCGCUGAGUGCGGCGACCGCGGCCCGGCCCGGCAACAACAUGAUGGUCAGCGCGGAGCAACUGCUGGACAUGCUGAUGGCUCAGGGCAAGAUCACGGAGGACGACGUGCAGGGAGUCAUGGGGCUGGGCAUGCAGCAGCACCAGCAGCACCAGCAGCACCAGCCGCCAGCUGGCAGCUCCCUGCCCCCGCCGCCGCCGCAGACGCCGCAGCUGCAGGCGGCCGCCAGCGUAGCCGGCGCUAUCGGCCCCAACCCCUUCGCGAGCGGCGGCAGCGGCAGCGGCGGCCAGCCGCAGACGCACUCCUGCCCCGGCCACAGCCCGGGCCACAGCGCGACAGACGUCCCACAGCUCAUGGCCGGCCAGCCGGCGCCGGCGGCUGCAGCGUCAGGAGCGGCGACGGGCGGAGCAGGGCCCCGCGCUGUCGCGGGUACGGGUCCGGGUUCGGGUCUGGCAGCGCACGGCUCGCUGCAGCGUGACAGCGCCAGUCGUGUGCGGUUCGGCGCCAACCAGCAAAUGGGCCAGGUGCCGCCGCCGGGUUCACGCCAGCUCACACACAGCAACAGCGGCGGCCCAGGCGACCUCCCGCCGCCAGUGGCGCUGCCGCCAGUGGCGUCACACGCCGUCAGCGAGUCCGUAAUGGCCGCGUCACCCAGUGGCGAUGGCGGUGGCGGCAGUGCGGCAGGUCUGGCGGCGCCGGCGCCGCUGCAGGGCGCGGCGCAAGGCGAUUUGCGGGUGCGGUUCAUAGAUGAAACGGGUAUGCGCACGGGCGGUGACGCCGGCGGCGAGGUGGGCUCGCCGCGUGUGCCGCACAGCCCCAGCAAGACGCCGCCCGGGGCGAUGACGCCCAUGGAGAUUGGCCCGGGGCCAGGCUACAACCCCCAGAGUUUGCUGUCGGCCGCCUCGGCCGCCCUCGCCCAGCCCCUCGCCGCCAGCAGCGCCGCCGGCCUGCCGCCCUCGCCACCGCGCGCCGGCCCUGGCGGCGAAGGCCUGGCCACCGCCGCCAGCAGCGCCGGCGGCCUGGGGCACGGCGGCGGCGGUGGGGCGCGUAUCACCUUGAGCCCGUACACCGCUGGCUCGGCGUUGCUUGCGGGGCAGCCGCAUCCGCAGCCGCACCCCGUCAGUGCGGGCGGCGCGGCUAGCGCUGCGCGCGACGCGCAUCCGCUGCCGCCGCCGCUAGGGCUUGGCGGCGUGGGCCGUGCGGGCGACGGCACCGGCGUGUUGCAGCUGCGCAUCAGCGGCGGCCUGUCACCGAUGCCAACCCACACACACGCCUACGGGCACAGCAGCAAGGCGCCCGCCGGCUUCGACGCCGCCGCAGCGGCGGCGCUGGCAUCGCCGUCGCCGCCGGCGCAGCAAGUCGGACACAUGGUGGCGCAGGGCGUGGCGCCGCCGCAGGGCCCGUCGCCCAUGCGGCUCACGACGUCUGGCGCGUAUGCGGGCGGGCCUGGCGGCGUCGGCGCCGGCACCGGCGGUGCGGUGCUGCGGCACAACACCAGCGGCGGCUCCGGCGGCAGCGCCAGCAUCCGCGUCGCCAGCGCCGGCAGUGUGGCCAGCGGCUCAACCACUCGCAGCGGCUACGUCAGCGGGCAGGUCACUGGCGCCGGCGGUGCGCGGGAUGCGGCGCCGGCGCGGGAGCCGAGUGCGUUCGGGAAGAAGGUAUCGGAGGCGGCGGCGGCCGCGGCGGCGGUGGCGGCGGCUGCUGGCGGCUCAACAGGCGGUGGCGGCGGUAUGGGUGCGGUGGAGAGGCUGGCUGCAUUGAAACUGCAGUCGCACAUGCGCGGCGGCGCCAGUGCCGGCGGCGCGAGUCAGGACGGCACACACGGCAUUCCAGGCCUGGACGGGUCGCGGCCGCGGCAACCGCACGCCGGCGCAGGCUCCAGCUCCAAGCACGCCGGCUCCCGCAGCGGCGGCGGUGGAGGCGCCGGGAGCAGCUGGAUGAGCGACGGCGGUGCAGGUGCGAGUGAUGGCAACGCCUACCACCAGUCGCGAGCACAGGCCGCGCCCCAGCAGCAGCACCAGCAGCAGCACCACCAGCAGCAGCACCAGCAGGGGCCUCAGGCGCCCGCACCAUCGCGGCCGAACGGCGGGCGCUCCGUACGCUGGACGGCGGCGGUCGUGUAUGAGAUCGAUCCGGGGGAGGUCGAGGACGUGGCCGGCCGUGGCUCCAAUCAGAAUGCUAAAGGCGGGGCUGGGGUUCAGGCCGCGGCGGCGGGCGGCCGCGGCGGAGGCGCUAGCGCGGCGGCGGAUGGCGCCGGCGGGCGGGGCGGGGGCUGGAUCUGAAUAAGCAAUGCUGCACGACGCAGCAGACAGGUGUGGGCUGGGGGCAUUGCCAGCAUUCCGUGCGGCAAUCGCGCAUUUCUCGCACGGGCGUGAUUUCUUAUGCAAUGCGCGACCUAGGGAGGCUUGCAUUUGCUGAUGGGCGCGGCGGCGUGGUACGCAUUGCAAUGGUGGGUGGGCGGCAGGAGCCCGUAGUUCGUUGGCGGCGUAUGCCGUAAGCGCAAUUCCUAACUUAUGGUCAACCUUGAGACCCUUGAUGAAGGGCCGAUACAUAUACGGAGACGUGCAGCUUUCCUGUGGAUGCGCUUCAAUUGCUGCAGACUAAUCAUCGCAAUUCGUUUUGUUUGGGGCUGUGACUGUGUGGCUGAUGGAGCUGCAUGCAUGGGUGGCAUGGCAGUGACACACACACGUGGAUCCGGUGCAUUGUACCCGCCCACCUAUUAUAUCCUUGUGGCCUAGCUGACAACUCGGACUCACGAGCAUACUGGCACAUGCUGGCUAGACACAUGCCGACACGGUAGACUGCUGACGGUGACGAAACAUGCAUCGACAUGGGUGACACGAUGUGACUCGGUGUUGAUUGCAUCCGUGCAUUGGAUACUGUUGUGCUGCAUUCUUGCAUGCAUGCAAAAGGUUUCAUGAGCUGCGUGCACGUGAACGGCACGGUUGUGUGCUGAAGAGCUGCGCGUGCGGAGGCCUUCCUGUUUUGCGAUAGAACCGCGUGCCCGACGAAGGGCGCGGCAAUUGGUGUGGGGGGGAGACCGUUUCGGGGAGACCUCGCGCCCCGGGCGGUGCACAUGUGUGUGCAGGACUGCGGAAGUCCGGCCGCAUGCGCUUGCAGGGCCCGUGAUAGCUAGCCUGUAGCCGGGGUGGUGGGUACACCUCGGCGCCGCUGUCAAUGUUGGCGGCUGCGAGUAUAUAAUAUAUAUAUUAUAUCGACGGCACGUCACUAGGCGGGUUCGUGCAACUGUGUGUGUGCCAGGUGGCGCAGUAGAUGCGGGUGGCCGCGUUGUGCCGUGGCCCCCAGUGCCCGGCACACCGCCCCACGGCGCUGACGGGCCCCGGAUGGGCGUCAGGUGCGCGGCGGUAUGCGGUAUAGGGCGCUACAGGCAGGGCGCGCCUUGUCCCGUACGUGUUGGCGGGGCACACUGGCACACUGGCCCGCGGCGGGCGGCAGGGCGCGCAUGUGCUGGCUGUAAUACUGGGAAGCU